AUAAUCUUAAGAUAGAGCAUAACACGGAAUUUGAUUGUCUUAGUAUUGUGAUGUAUAUGUCUGUUGUAGUCGAAACAUUAAGAUUGGUUAUUACAUGUAGCUCUAUUAUAGUCGGGAAUAAUUGAAGAACUUUAAUUUGACACAUUUUCGCCUUGUGAAGUUUGAUAUACUAAAAUGCCUGGAACUAUGUUUAAAUCUGUACAGAAACUAGCAGCUGGUUCACUUACAUUUGCCAAAGCAUAUUCCAAUGGAGAAGCCAAAUCACAAAUCGAUCACCUUGAACAGGAACUUGAAGAAGAGAUUAAAAGGGACACUAAAUCAGUACCCGACACCAAAGUAGCAAGGUUUCUCCAUAAAGGCCGGAAGUUACUCCGCAGCAAAAAUGUUUUAAUGAUGAUUGUGAUACUCAACGUAUUUGACUGCGGACUAGUUCUUGGUGAACUCAUACUUGAUCUUCAUCAUGUGAAAGAUAUACUGACAAAUGUUGAACAAUCUUCCGCAACAUUCCUUGAAAACCUACAAAAUAAAUAUCCAAAUGAAAUAGAAUAUACUGAUCUUUCUUAUCUUGGAGAAAUAUACUCCAAAUUAUCUAAGGCGGAUAUUGAAUGGAAAAAUGACACAUCAAGUGACCCUGUUCCGAAAACUGUCAAGCAAGAUUACAUAGGAUACAAAGUCAGGAGAUUUGUUUUCGAAGAUAUCAAAAUUACCAACGAAGUUGGAACCAAAAAUGAAAGGUUACACAAAGGACAUAGAGGUCACUUUUACUCCGGACAACAUAGGCCAAAGAGGUCGUCUGGAAGUGAUAACAUUAAUUCAUCAAAGGACAAAGACCACAAACAUAGUACUCCGGAGAGCACAGAAGAACAAAUUGCUCGUGGUUUCCAUGCUACUAGUAUUGGUAUUGUGCUUAUCUUAUUAACAGAGACAAUAUUCAAGGUUAUAUGUUUUGGAAAACACUUUUUUGAGAAAAAGUUAGAGGUUUUCGAUGCCUGUAUUGUUGCAUUGUCCUUUGUGGUUGAUCUCGUUUUCCUUAAAGGCCUGUCCGUGUAUACUAUUCAGGAAUUUGUUUUCAUAUUAGCCUUCAUGUUGCCAUGGGGAGUCAUUCGAGUAGUUAACAGUCUUGUUGUUGCUGUUCGGGAUCAUGAAUGUUUUCGACUUAAAUUGUUGUUCACUCAAAAGAAACGAGUUGACGGUGAAAACAACGGACUAAGACAGGAAAAGGCCAGAUUAGUUGAACAAAUAGAGUUGCUGAAAAAACUAUGUCUCGUUGAAGGUAUUGAUGAAUGGAAAAUCCAACAAAAUCUAGUUCCAACAUCAACUAAUAAGGCAAGAGGAUUAAAAGGCUCAUUUGCCAGUCUAGCAUUUGGAUCACUUGUCGGCACAAAAGAAAAUGGAAGAAGUUUUUGGAAUAUGUUACACGCACCAAAGAUGCGAAGAGGAAAAUCAGAAGAAUGGACUGGUAAACUAGGCGUUUCAAAAGAAGAUACUAUUUCACUUAAAGACUGUCAUAAAAAUUCUAUAAGUGGAAGUACACAAAAUCUAAAGAAAAACAAAGUUACAACUCAACAAUUAUCACAUCAAUUUACUGUAGAAAGUGACCCAGGAACAGCGGAAAAGAAAUCACGAUUUAAAGCAAUUAAACGAUUUCUUAAACGGCAAGAGACUGUGUCAUCGUACUCAUCUAACGAUACUAUCGAUAAAUUAUCGUCAAAUCAUACACCUACCUGUAGUAUCGACGAUGAUAGUGUGGGCGUUUCCAUUCCUAGUGGUAUUAAUAUCGGAUUUGAAUUACAGCGUUCUGACGAUGAACUCAACGAAACAACAGAAUUUAUUGAUCAAACAAACUACCAAUCUCAAAAAACAAAUGAUAACGAAGACGUAUAAAAGACAAAAAUAAGUUAUUUGGUUAUAGAUCAGGAACAUGAAAUGCUUCCAGCAUAUUCAUAGCUAUAUACAUUGAUCUCAAAGAGUGAUUUUUAGAAUCUUGCAAACUGCUGAUGUUCAGUUAGAUAGAUGUUAAUCAACUUAUUGUAUGCAAUCUUGUUUCAUUUUCCAGGUAAAUCUCUGAAUAUUUCAAUUAUAAUCGCAACGCAAAUUGUGAUUGCUUGUUUGGUUUCAUUGUUUAAAUAAUGAUCUCUUGUCAAUCAAAAUGUUAUGAUCUAUUGUCUAUAGACAUUGAAUAUGACACAUAUGCAGCAAGGUGAAUGUGUGAUUUUGAGAGAUCUGAAUUUGUUUAUGAAAUUCGUUUAUUAGAAUAAGAACUAUAUUUACUUAUUAAAGAAAUUUUAAAAAAUGAAAACAAUAAUGACGUUGUAAGUUGUGAUCAUGAACAAACCACGUGUUCAUUAUUGACAAAAGUAUUUAUAAAUGUAAUAUUGUAUCAGUAAGAUGUUCAAAGCAAAUA